AUGUCCAGUAAUCUGUACACAGAAAAUCUGUUUUUACGGAGUAUUGGCGUGCCUGAAAAGAUACUUACAGAUCUCCUGACCAUGAUCAUCGUCAAUACCGUUAAAAUCACCCCGGAGAACACUGAAACCAAUAACAUUAGUAAGACGUAUUUCUGGGUAAAUGUGAACUUGAACUGGAAUAGCGCUCAGAACUACUGUCACGUGAACUACAAAGACCUGGUCAGUAUAAGGAAUGAGGCAGAAAAUCAGGAGAUAAUGAAGAAUGCUAAAAGCUUCCCCUUUUGGAUCGGUUUAUUCAAUAACCCAUGGAAAUGGUCUGAUGGUGGGAAUUCGACAUUUCAAAUCUGGAGAAACAGUCAACCUGAUAAUUGGUAUAAAAUCGAAAAGUGUGUGGAAUAUAGAACUUCAGCUUGGAAUGAUGCUGCAUGUAGUCAACAGAUACCCUUUUUUUGCUACAACAAGUCCUGCACUUCACUCUCCUGCACCAGCACAAACAUCUUUGUGUUAAAUUCAUUGUCCUGGGAUGAUGCUCAGAACUACUGCAGAGUACACUACACAGACUUGGUGACUGUUGAGGACCAAACAAUGAAUGACCAACUGUUAACAAUGACAUCAAACCAAUACUUUUGGAUUGGACUCCACCUUGAACGUGACAACUGGCAGUGGUCCAAUGGAGAGCCUCUAGCGUAUACAAACUGGGAAAGGGAGUAUUUCUGUGCUGUGCUCCAGUCAGAUGGCUCUUGGAAUGACACAGUCUGUUCUGAAGAAAAGCCUUUCAUGUGUUACAAAGAAACCAGUAACAUCAGUGAGAGGUACUCUUGGAUAAAUGUUAACAUGACAUGGAACAAAGCCCAGCAGUAUUGUCGCGUCAACUACACAGACCUGGUCAGUAUAAGAAAUGAAAGGGAAAAUAUGGAAAUAAUGAAGAAAGCACAAGGCAGUCCCUUUUGGAUCGGUCUGUUCAAUGACCCAUGGAAGUGGUCUGAUGGUGCACAGUCAAAAUUUGAAAAAUGGAACAAUCAGGAACCAAAUAAUUUGAAUCUUAAUGAAAAAUGUGUGGAGAUUUGGCCAAAUGGAACUUGGAAUGAUGCUGAUUGCAGUUUACAAAAACCAUUUAUUUGUUCACAAAAAACCAAUAACAUCAGUGGGAGAUAUUUCUGGAUAAAUGAGAAUAUAACAUGGAGCAGUGCUCAAAACUACUGUCGAGUAAACUACACAGACCUGGUCAGCAUAAGAAAUGAGAGUGAAAAUGAAAAGAUAAUGAAGGAAGCACAAGGUAGUCCCUUCUGGAUUGGCAUGUUCAAUGAUGGCUGGACAUGGUCUGAUGGAGGGAAUUCAGCAUUUCGAAACUGGGCUUCAUAUUGGAAUGUGUAUUCUGAAGACUGGACAACAAAAACUUAUCCUUAUAGGUAUGUUGGAAAGAACUUAAGCUUAGAGAAAGCAUAA